AUGUCUCUGCUUCCGCAAGAUGUCCACGCAGAGCUUUCACAGCUUCUGCAGGCUCUGCAGUCCCCCGACAAUAGUAUACGAUCUCAAGCCGAAGAGCAUUUGCAGAACAACUGGACCGCCAGUCGUCCCGAGGUUCUGUUGAUGGGACUGGCGGAACAAAUUCAAGGCGCUGGCGACAAUGCGACCCGAUCCUUCGCCGCUGUUAUCUUCCGUCGAAUUGCUUCCAAGACCCGCAAGAAUGAUGCUGGAGAGAGCAUGGACCUUUUUCUCUCCCUGACCAAGGACCAAGCCGCCGUCAUUCGUCAGAAGCUUCUCGAGACACUCGCCGCUGAGUCUGAUCGUCUCGUUCGCAACAAGAUUAGUGAUUCUGUUGCCGAGCUUGCCAGACAAUACACAGAGAAUGGUGAUGCUUGGCCCGAUUUGCUCAGUGCUCUUUUCCAGCUCAGCCAAGCGCCCGAGGCCGAGAAGCGAGAAAAUGCGUUCCGAGUGUUUGCCACAACUCCUGCAAUCAUCGAGAAGCAGCACGAGGAAGCAGUUCUCCAAGCUUUCCAAAAAGGCUUCAAGGACGACGCCGUUAUGGUCCGCCUUGCCGCCAUGGAAGCCUUUGCUUCAUUCUUCCGAACCAUCAGCAAGAAGGGACAGGCCAAAUACUACGCCCUUAUUCCUGAUGUGCUCAACAUUCUCCCUCCGAUCAAGGAUACGCAGGACUCCGACGACCUCAGCAAGGCGCUACUUGCUCUUAUCGAUCUCGCCGAGUCAGCUCCCAAGAUGUUCAAGCCUCUCUUUUCAAACCUUGUUCAAUUCAGCAUCUCUGUAGUCCAGGACAAGGAACUCGAUAACAUCUGCCGCCAGAACGCCCUGGAGCUUAUGGCCACCUUUGCCGACUAUGCGCCCUCUGUUUGCCGAAAGGACCCCUCCUACACAAACGAUAUGAUUACGCAGUGUUUGAGUCUCAUGACGGAUCUUGGUGAAGAUGAUGACGAUGCAUCUGAGUGGAUGGCGUCGGACGAUUUUGACCAGGACGAGAGUGAUCAGAACCAUGUUGCUGGUGAGCAGACCAUGGAUCGACUUGCAAACAAGCUUGGUGGCCAGACCAUCCUGGCUCCUACUUUCAACUGGCUCCCUCGAAUGAUGACUUCCAUGGCCUGGAGGGACAGGCACGCUGCUCUGAUGGCUAUCUCAGCCAUCUCGGAAGGUUGUCGCGAUCUCAUGAUUGGUGAGCUCAGCCAGGUGCUUGAUUUGGUGGUUCCCGCACUCCAAGAUCCUCACCCCCGAGUUCGAUGGGCUGGCUGCAAUGCUCUCGGUCAGAUGAGCACCGACUUUGCCCCCAAAAUGCAAACCGACUACUACGACCGUGUUCUCAAGGCCAUUGUUCCUGUCUUGAGCUCCCCCGAGGGUCGAGUCAAGUCCCAUGCAGCUGCUGCUCUUGUCAACUUCUGUGAGGAGGCUGAGAAGGCCACUCUUGAGCCAUAUCUGGAUGAGCUUCUGUCACAACUUUUUCAGCUUCUUCAGAACGACAAGCGAUACGUCCAGGAGCAAGCUCUUUCGACAAUUGCCACCAUUGCUGAUGCUGCCGAGGCGGCCUUUUCCAAGUACUACGAUACUCUUAUGCCUCUCCUUGUUAACGUUCUCCAGAACCAAAGCGAGAAGGAGUACCGACUUCUGCGCGCCAAGGCCAUGGAAUGUGCUACGUUGAUUGCCCUGGCUGUCGGAAAGGAACGCCUUGGCCAGGACGCCAUGACCCUUGUCAACCUCCUCGCCAAUAUCCAGGCCAACAUCACCGACGCUGAUGACCCUCAGGCACAGUACCUCAUGCACUGCUGGGGCCGUAUGUGCCGUGUCCUUGGAUCCGAUUUCCUCCCCUUCCUUCAUAACGUCAUGCCCCCACUACUUGAACUUGCUGUAGCCAAGGCUGAUAUUCAGCUGCUGGAUGACGAUGACCAGGUCGAGCAGAUGCAGAACGAGGAAGGUUGGGAGCUUGUUCCCCUUAAGGGUAAGAUGAUUGGUAUCAAGACGAGUACCAUGGACGAUAAACAUAUGGCCAUAGAACUCUUGGUUGUCUACGCCCAGGUUCUAGAGGCUUCCUUUGCGCCCUAUGUCUCGGAGAUUAUGGAAAAGAUUGCCCUUCCCGGUCUUGCAUUCUUCUUCCAUGACCCUGUCAGAUACAUCUCCGCCAAGCUUGUCCCUCAGCUCCUGAGUUCCUACAAGAAAGCCUACGGCCCUCAAUCUGCCGAACUCCGUGGUUUGUGGAAUGCCACCGUCGACAAGCUUCUCGAGGUCCUGACUGCAGAACCUGCUAUUGACACUCUUGCCGAGAUGUAUCAAUGCUUCUACGAGUCUGUUGAGGUUGUAGGAAGGGAAUGUCUUUCUGGCGAUCAUCUAAACCGGUUUAUCGACUCCGUUCACUCUGCACUUGAGGACUACAAGGAUCGUGUUGCGCAACGUGAGCAGGACAAAGAAGGAGCCACCGCCGAUGACGUGGAGGAUGAGGCUGAAGAUACUCUGAUGGCCAUUGAGGACGAUCAGACCCUGCUCUCGGAUAUGAACAAAGCAUUCCACGCCAUCUUCAAGAACCACGGCGCCGCAUUCUUGCCUGCUUGGGGGCGCCUGAUGACUACAUAUGAGGGUUUCCUCAGCUCUCCUGACCCCACCCAGCGACAAUGGGGUUUGUGCAUCAUGGAUGAUGUCCUCGAAUACUGUGGCCCCGAAAGCACACAGUAUGCCAACUUCAUCACACAACCUUUGAUUGACGGCUGCCGAGACCCUUCUCCGGCCAUCCGUCAGGCGGCGGCCUACGGCAUCGGAGUGGCAGCGCACCGAGGUGGGGCACCAUGGGCACAAUUCUUAGGGAGCUCAGUACCGUUUCUCUUCCAAGUUACCCAGGUUCCCGAUGCUCGCAACGAGGACAAUGUGUAUGCGACCGAGAACGCGUGCGCAGCUAUCGCCAAGAUUCUUCACUACAACUCCAGCACCGUCAAUGAUGUGCAAAAUGUGAUCACACAAUGGGUCGAGACCCUGCCGGUGAUAAAUGAUGAGGAGGCGGCCCCCUAUGCUUAUGCAUACUUGGCUGAACUGAUUGAAAAGCAACACCCAGCUGUUGUUAACCAGGUUGGCAAGGUUUUCGUUUUCAUUGCUCAGGCCCUUGAGGCAGAGACGCUGGUGGGACAGACAGCCAACCGUGUAGUCCAAGUUACCAAAGGACUCCUGCAGUCGACUUCGGUUGACCCUUCACCGCUCCUGCAACAAUUCUCUCCUCAGGCGCAACAAACUAUCAUGGGAUUCUUCAACUAG